GAUAAUUGGCUUUAGUGCAGACUUCAGCGAGAAGCGACGAUCCGAUCAAACACAGUAGAGAACUUGUGGAAUUCAAGAAGGUUCAUGUAAACCUUUAGUUCAGAUAUUAUUUUUAUAUAUAUAUAUAUAUAGAAUAACAGGAGCUAAUCUAUUAGUAUUAUGGCAGACUUCAGGAUGUUUAAUGUGGUGAUUCUGGGAAUCGGAUUUAUGCUCAUUUUUACAGCGUUUACAACAUGUGGAAACAUUGAACAAACGGUUAUAAAAAGCUUGUCAAACUCCACUUUUCAAGGAAGUGGCUACAACAGUCUAGCCAUUAUAUAUGGAGUGUUUUCAGCCUCUAAUCUAAUAGCCCCCUCCGUUGUGGCUUCUAUUGGACCCAGGUUGUCUAUGAUAUUCAGUGGACUUUUAUAUAGUGGUUAUAUAGCUGUGUUUAUCAUACCUGCAACAUGGUCCUUUUACUUGACUUCUGUGCUAAUUGGAGUAGGAGCUGCUGUGCUAUGGACAGCUCAGGGGAACUUCCUUGUUCUGAACUCAGAUGCAAACACCAUCAACAGGAACACAGGACUGUUUUGGGCCCUCCUGCAGUGCAGCAUGCUGUUUGGAAAUCUCUACAUUUAUUUGGAUUGGAAUGGGAUAACCGCUGUCACAGACACUGACAGAAGGACGCUAUUUAUAGUUCUUCUGGUCCUUUCUCUGUUGGGGACAAUGAGUUUCGUUGUUUUACGGAAGACCGGGGAUCGAGAAGAACCUUUGAAUGAAGAAGAUUCCUUGCUUCCGGCCUGUGUCGCGUACGUAACACAAAGCAGCACAAACCAACGGAAACUGCAUGUGCCGGCAUGGAUGACAAUGCUGAAACUGUUUGGCACUAAAACCAUACUGCUCCUCAGUUUCUGUAUGGCGUACAGUGGCCUUGAGCUGACAUUUUACAGCGGGGUUUAUGGAACUUGCAUUGGAGCAACCACGCAGUUUGGAGCGGCAGCUAAGGGGUUAAUCGGGCUCUCAGGCAUUUUAGUUGGAAUCGGUGAAAUCGUGGGUGGUGGCCUGUUCGGACUUUUAUGUAAAAACAACCGGUUCAGACGCACGUCUGUGGUUUUCCUGGGCAUGGUGGUGCAUUUCAUAGCCUUCUACCUGAUCUUCCUGAACAUUCCUGAUGACGCGCCCGUGGUCGUGGAGACUGGCACUCGGAGCAAGUCUUACCUCACCCCAAGUGUGCCCGUCGCCUUGUUGUGUAGCUUUUUGCUUGGACUAGGUGACAGCUGCUUUAAUACCCAGCUCUACAGUAUCCUGGGAUGUCUGUAUGCAGAAGAAAGUGCCCCUGUGUUUGCUAUAUUCAAAUUCAUACAGUCUAUAUGUGCUGCAGUGGCCUUUUUAUACAGCAACUAUUUGCUGCUGUCCUGGCAGCUUCUUGUGAUGGUCAUCUUCGGUUUCACCGGCACGCUCUGCUUCUUCCUGGUAGAGAAGAUGAACGACUUGCUUCUGGGUUUACCUGAAUAUUAACCCGUCACCUUUAAAAAAAAAAAAAAAAUGUAAAGAUUAAUUUACACAAAAGUGUGCCACGGGCCAAUGAUUUUUAAUUUUAUGCUCUAAGAAUGAGAGAUUUUAUACAUUUUGGAUUGUGUUUCCUUAAGGUUGUGCAGCACGGUGCAAGACAAGAACCCUUAAUGUAUCUUCCGUGACUUGAAAACACGCCAGUGUUUGUAUAUUACAAAGCAACAGUUGUGAGACGAAACCAGGAAUUGUGAACAUUUUAAAGGCAUAGGAAAAAAAUAAGCCAUAUUUUAUAUUGUUAGUAUAAUCAAAAGAUGGACAUUUCAGGUAUUCAUUGCACCUUUAUCUUACAAGAAUGUGUCCCUGUCUCGCUUUACAAUGUACAUGUAUAUUUACAAUACUAAGGAUGCAUUAGGCAAUCAAUAUUAUUUACCCCCCCCCAUAUGCAUGUACUUUCUAGAUAAUUAAUCAUUGUCUUAUAUCUGAUUUGUUUGUAAUAAAUACAGGAAAACGUGUUUGAUGCAGAUAUAUUUACAUGCUGGACUUUAUGAUAAUACUAAACUUUUUUGUAAUGCAAACAGGUGUUCUGUCUAUAUAUUUUGAAUUACCACAUGGUUUUGCAUAAGAUUUUUUUUUUUUUUUAUUGACGUUGUAAAUGGUUUAGUAACUGUUCACCAUAGUUGUUUGAGACUGUAUACACAAAUGAUAAAAAGGGGUUUUAAAUUGAUUAUGUAAGACUGAACACAUUAUCUUGUUGAGAAAAUGACGCUAAAACAAUGUUGACUCUGUUUUUUGUAUACAAUUAUAUAAAAACCCUUGUGGAAGGAACAUAUUUUGUAAAUAUAUUGACAUACAAUAUAUUGUCAUUUUAGUCUUAAUGUUUUUAAUAUUCUUGAAUGUUUGUUGUUUUUUGCAUUUGUAUAACUACUAACUACUUUAAAAGUAGUCAUGUAAAAAAACAAAUAUUAGUGUAUAAUUUAUAUAUUGUACAAUAUAAUGAAAAUAUAUUGGCAUAUAUUCUAUAAUACAUUUUGUAAUUUUCAAUACAUUGAAAUAUAUUAAUCAAUAUAUUAAAAUACAUUUUAGUUCUGUAAGGGAAAAUAAAAUACAUUUGAAUUUAAA